AUGGCAAGAAAAUCUGAAGGCAUUUCUAAAUAUGAUUUUGCAAAGGUCCAACAACCUAUGUGGGGCCACUCAGACUCCAUGAAUGCUAGCUUGCAACCGCUUCUUGAGGGCGUCGUUUACAAACUCACCCGGAUACCUGGUGUUGUUGUUCAACGUGGUGCUGCUCUAUUCAAAGACAAGUGUGUAACUUAUCACGACCCAUAUAAGAAGACUGAUGCAACUACGUGGAUGCUUGACCGGAGCUGUGCCCUGCUUCCAGCAAGUGCUUUGGAGCUGGUGCCCAAGAAGCGUGGCAUACGGCCGAAGGGCACGUGGGCAAUCACCGCCGCGGUGCAGGGCGUCGAGACAUUUGUUGAAGUCUUCGAGAUCAAGAUCGACUGGCCUCCCUCCUGGGCUGCUGCGGGCUACACGGACCUGGUGCUGGGUUUCUUGGAGCGCUCUGAGGCGGAGAGGUGGCACUCGGCAUUGGCGGGUGUGCUGGCGGAGCUGGGGACAGCGGCCAAGGGGAACCACAGCAGGUCAACCAGCGGGAAGAUGACGAUCACGCUGCCAUCUGCGGAGCUCCAGACAACAUCCCUACAGUCGUCAGUCUUUUCCUCGACUGUGACGAACACAGGGCCUUCCGGGCUCUCGGAAUCCUCGACCGCAGCAGGAAUGACCCCGUUGGGCGCCGCGAAGCAAGUGCCUCUGCCGCCGUCCAUUGAGGGAUUGGCCGCCGCCGCUGCCGCGGCUGCCGCGGACGGUUCCUGCACGAGGGCAGUGGAUGAUGAUGCCUCUGUUGAUGACGACGAGGACGACGACGACGAGGAUGAGGACUCCUUGGCGCCGGACGACGGACGCUGGGUGCCGUACAGGCAGACGAACGGCGUGGCGAUUUAUUACCAUGCAAACGGGCAACAGCCCGGCGAGGGCGAGUACAUGGUGAGCUGCGUGAUUCGCGGUCAGCCCCACCGCGUGGCGGCGGCGCUGAUGCGGCUUCGGAGCAACACCACCAUACUGGGGCCAGCAGCGCAUGUGGAGCUGCUGCAGCCGGCGGAUGACAAGACGGGGAUCAAAAAGGAGGUGCUGCGGCUGGUGUUGACGGCCUCGGGCAAUGCCGGGUUCUUCUGCGCCCCGCGGGAGGUCAUUCUGGAGCGCAUGCGCAAGGAGGAGGACGACGGCGUCAUCGUGAUUCUUUUCAAGUCGGUGGACCUGGCCAACGAAACUGAGGCAAAGGGGCUUUCAAAGGGGAGCCCAAAGGGGGAUGACGCGCGAUGGGGACCGCCGGAGGGGAUGGAGGGGAAACCUGAGUGCGUCCCGGAGAGAAAACAGGCCGCGGGAAGUACAACAGGAAAACAACGAGAACCAACCAACGACCUUGGACAGCUGGUAAAACCCUUCUGCCCCCAAGCACGCAGUACGGAAGCAACUGCCCGGUAUGAUGGUGCAAAGCACACAGUUCGCAUACUUCGCAUACUGAUUACCAAUUUUUUUCGCGUGCUUGGAAUGGAAUGCACGGCCAAGUUGUACGGCACGGGUUUGUUCAAGCGGCCUGUACGUGCUACCGUGGCCGGCGGCUACACCAUUGCGGGUUUGCGAGGCGAGGGUACGGCAUCGCCCGAGACGCUCGUCACGUGCAUCGUCAAGGUCAACCUCGGCGGUGUGUGUUCCAGUUCCAGCUGGAUCCGUUCGCUUGCCUCCGCCGCCGGCUGGGUGGACAGCUUCCUGGACCGCAUCCUCAUGUCCGUACACCUGCUGCGGGACGAGCUGGAGCAACGCAGGUUCAGCGUGCGGCCGUUCAAACUGGUGGCGUCGGCAAAAGCAAGGCUGAAUGAGGAUGGCUUUGUGGUUAGCGAGGUCGCGGCCACCUCCACCGCCGGCCCCACCCGCUCGGCCCCGUCCGUGACCCGGAUUCCCAAGCUGACGGCGCGCAUGGCCUCCAUGCGCCUGAGCUCCUACCAUCUGGAACCUAGCACACUGCCGGCGGCCAUUUCCGCGACGAUUGCGGAGGACAGCGGAUCCGGCGGCGCAGUCGAACCUUCGUCCAUGCGCCUUGACCUGUCGCGCGUGCAGUCGUUGAUCAAGCUGCCGCGAAAGUUCUGGGCCGAGGUGCAGGUGCCGGGAACCGAUGCGCCCUUCCAAGUCCGUGGUCCAACAUAUCUGAAGGACAAGAAGAAGGUUAUGGCGGGUGCGCCAGCUUUCAACCUUGGCGGUGUGGAGCUCAUCGAGUUGCCCAAAGCGGGUUCAAUGGUGGCUGGAGAGCCCAGCAGCUCUGGUCUGGUGGAGCACGUUUGCCGCUUCCUGCCGUCCGUGUGCGAGGGCGGGGCGCCCUUCUCCAUCAUCAUCUGCCUGGUCAUUCCCGGCUCUCCGAUGCUGGUGCUUUCCUCUGUGUUUUGCUGCGACAAGCACCCCUCCAUUCUGGGCUCCCCUCCCGUACGGCCCAUGGACGAGCCACAUGACUGGCAACCGUUUGACUUUGUACUGCACAAGUUUGUGUACGGCAGUGACGAGACUCGCAACAAGAUGCUGAAGCUGGUUCCCCACAUCGCCUCCGGUUCCUGGAUGAUCAAACAGUCCGUGGGCACCACUCCGGUCAUUAUUGGCAAGGCGCUCAAGACAACCUAUCACUGCACACCCACGUACAUAGAGGUGGACAUCGACAUCUCCGCCAACUCCGUGGCCAACUAUGUGACGGGUAUGGUGCGAGGUGCGACCACUUCGCUGGAUAUUGACCUGGCCUUUGUCCUCGAGGGCUCGGCACCCUGGGAGCUCCCGGAGUGCUUGCUGGGCGCAUUCCGCCUCACCCGUCUCGACUGCAAGGCUGCCACCCCCUUGGAUUGGAGCAAGGUGCUGCCCAUCAAGGCAGGGGAGCAAAGCAAGCUGUUUAGUUCAUUUCACUUCAGGGUCACCAUAGGGCACCACCCUCGCAGCAGCAGCAAAAUUAAUUGCACCUUCAAAUCACGUUUUGGAAGCCUUUCCAUUACUGAGCUUGCAGCAGACCCACGGGUCACUUCUGGAGGCCAAAACCCCUGCCGCCAGCCAUCCUGGGCGGAAAGCGCAAACGACGUCGCCGGCGUCGCCGCCGACGCCGCCGCCAACAGCUUCAGCCUCGGCGGUGGCGCCGCUGCCACAGCGGCCGCCGCGGCGGCGCCGCUGCUAGAAUCCGUUGCCUACAAGCUCACACGCCUAGGUGGCGUGGUUGUACGGCGGCGCGUGGCGCUGCUUCGCGGCGGUCGUACAAUCGCCACCUUCCACCAUCCCGACCGACCUGCUAGCGCCCAGAGCCCCCGUCACGCCAAGUACUGGCAUCUCAGCAGAGGAUGUACACUACGGCCCGCACGUACGGCAGAGCUAGCUGCGCACGGCCCCACCAGCCGCGGCGUACGGCCCUCGGGCACGUGGGCCAUUACGGCGGCCCUCCAGGGGGUGGACGCUUCCGUACAGCUGUUCGAGAUCAAGAUCGACUGGCCUCCCUCCUGGGCUGCUGCGGGUUACACGGACCUGGUGCUGGGCUUCUUGGAGCGCUCUGAAGCGGAGAGGUGGCACUCGGCAUUGGCGGGUGUGCUGGCGGAGCUGGGGACAGCGGCCAAGGGCGUGCGUGGCGGGGAACGUUUGUCGACGUCACGGUGGCGACAGCAGCGCACGCGCACGGUCGUCGUACACAUUUUGGCAGCGGCGGGCUGGCGGCGGGGAGAUGUGGCGGCGGCCUCCGACGGCCUCACCCCUUGGGAGCCGCUCCCUGGGCAGCUAUCCGCAUUCGAGUCGCAAGUGGUGCGACGCAUACCGGACUGCACUGCGGAGCGUGUGCCCCUGUACGACGGAGCUGGUACGGCAGAGGAAACAUGGCAUGACCCGGCAUCCGAUCUGGAAGAUGACAGUUCCAGCUCUGAUACGGAUUCCGAUCUGGAUCCAGAUUUGGAUUUAAACGACGACUGGGAUGACACCUCCCCGCCCAAUCCCGACGAAGAGCGAUGGGUACCGUACAGGCAAACCAACGGCGUGGCCAUCUACUACCACCGCUCCGAAGACACGCCAAAGGUAUCGAAGGAUGACGAGGGCGAGUACAUGCCGCCAGUGCUACAGCUCCGGGUGCUCAGCUCCCCCCUCCCCCCUGCCGGCACGGCGGGGUUUUUCUGCGCCCCGAGGGAGCUGGUGGUGGAGGUCCUUCGGAAGUACGACGAGGACGGCGUCGUCGUGGUCAUGUUCAAGUCCGUGGAUCCCCCUCCUCCCCCAACCCCAAUGCCGUACACCUCCGGUGGUGGCAGUGGUGGCUGGUGGGGAAGGGUACGGGGCGAAGGUCCAACCCCCACCAUGUCCACCAAGCCAGGAAAACCCAAGUUGUACGGCACGGGUUUGUUCAAGCGGCCUGUACGUGCUACCGUGGCCGGCGGCUACACCAUUGCGGGGUUGCGAGGCGAGGGUACGGCAUCGCCCGAGACGCUCGUCACGUGCAUCGUCAAGGUCAACCUCGGCGGUGUGUGUUCGAGCUCCAGCUGGAUCCGUUCGCUUGCCUCCGCCGCCGGCUGGGUGGACAGCUUCCUGGACCGCAUCCUCAUGUCCGUACACCUGCUGCGGGACGAGCUGGAGCAACGCAGGUUCAGCGUGCGGCCGUUCAAACUGGUGGCGUCGGCAAAAGCAAGGCUGAAUGAGGCCGGCAGGCUGGUAGGCGACAAACAGGCGGCGCGGGCCCAGCAGGUUCGCGGCGCCACCUAUCUUAAGGACCGCAAGAAGGUCCCCGCCGGCCUCCCAGCCUUCAGCCUGGGGGCAGUGGAGAUGAUCCAGCUCCCGCCCCCCGGGGUCCCCGUGGGCCGGUACCGGCUCCCCCGACGGGGGGGGAAAGGGGGGCGGGGGGAGGAGGGGGAGGGGGAGGAGGAGGAGGAGGGUGGCGGGGGCAGCGCAAGGACCAGCAGCAGUGGCGGCGGCGGCGGCGGGGGAGAUCUUCCGGGAAUACCAGGUGAGUCCAAAAGGUGGUUCGAGCUUCUUUGGUAUUUCGCGUUGGCGUCGGUAAUACCGGGAUCCCCCCUUUUGGGCAUCCUUUCUGUGUUUUGCUGCGACAAGCACCCCUCCAUUUUGGGCUCCCCUCCCGUACGACCCAUGGACGAGCCACAUGACUGGCAACCUUUUGACUUUGUACUGCACAAGUUUGUGUACGGCAGUGACGAGACUCGCAACAAGAUGCUGAAGCUGGUUCCCCACAUCGCCUCCGGUUCCUGGAUGAUCAAACAGUCCGUGGGCACCACUCCGGUCAUUAUUGGCAAGGCGCUCAAGACAACCUAUCACUGCACACCCACGUACAUAGAGGUGGAUAUCGACAUCUCCGCCAACUCCGUGGCCAACUAUGUGACGGGUAUGGUGCGAGGUGCGACCACUUCCCUAGAGAUCGACAUUGGAAUGGUUCUCGAGGGUAGGGACGGUUAA